CUCUUUGUGUGCGUACAGGUGGUGCGGGAGACAGCGAGUAAAUCGCUACCUACAUUUUAUAUUUCCGGGCCAAUUCUCCAUCGGAUUCCCCGUACGUCCCUGUUUUUCAACGAGGCCGCCGAGAGAGAGCGUUUAUCGGCUGGCUAAGGGCCAGAUGAGCCUGCUGGCCCUCUACUGCAUCCCCACGCGGCCCAACCGCAUCACCACCCGGGCCGCAGCAAUGGAGGCAUACGACACGGCCAUCAAGAAGGUGUGCAGGAAGGCUGUGAAGCUCAUCCACGGCCAAGCGGCUCAAGGCCCGCCGCUCGCCGAGGCAGCCCUCAAGUUGUUUGCCAACGUCACCUUCAAGCACACCAAGCUAGCCAUGGCCGAUGAGAGGCCCCUAAUCGCGCCCCUCGACAAAUACAUCGCACGUGUGUGGGGUUUAUCUCUUGAAACCUUCUUCCUUCUUCUUUUUGUGUCCGUGCAGAGCUCGCCCCCUAUGCCACGGCUGGCAGUGCUCAGCUAUGACCCACCACGGCAGCCCGUCCACACGUCACCCGCCGGAAACUUGCCAACAGACAGGUCAGCAGGGAAGAGAAAGAGACAUGUGGUCUGUUCCCUCUGUGUGUGCGUACAGGUGGUGCGGAAGACAACCAGUCAAGUCGCUACCUACAUUUUAUAUUUGCGGAGUAUUCUUCAUCCUCGGCUGUGUUUCGAUGAAGUGCUCAAGCUCAUGGAGACCACCGUCAGUCGAGUGGACCUUUACAGUGGGACACCGCCGCGAGCGACCAACAAGGGACGUCGCCAGCGUCCUCGGCUGGAAGUCAGAUGAGGAAGUCAGACGCAAUGACGAAGAGGAAUCCACCUUAAGGCGGCUGGUUGUAAGAGACACAUGCACAGCACCGUCGGCUGUGUUGCGUACAGGUCGGUGAAUGAGAAACUGGCAAGCACAGGAUACUCACAUCCAGACUUCUUAUGCUCGCUGUUCCUUCUUUCCUUCUGCAGGAUGGUGACGCGACGGCCGAGGCCGGAGGUCAUCAGGCUGAGGCGACGGCCCCCACCGCUCCCCCAACUGCCCGCCUGGCCAGCGGGAGCAGCGCAGAAGCUGGCUUGGGCAGCUGCUGAGGCCUUGUCGGUGGCCUUCCCGAGGACCACCGAGUUCGUCAAGGACGCCUUCCCCAGAACUGCCGCCCACCUGCGAGGGGUACGACAGAUACACACGUGAAUACAUCACGGAACCACCACAUCCAUUCGUGUAUCCCUGCACUCUCUCCCUUAUUUGCAGGAUAAGCCGCCCAAGAGCACACCGCCGGCAUCCUACGCGCCGCCACCGCCACCGUCCCAAGCCAGCAGGACCCUCCCGAGGACGAGGGCGUAUCUCCUAGGCGCAUUCAAGAACACGGCCAAGAAACUACGACUGGUAGGAUACUACACACACACACUGUCACCUGUGCACAUGCAGUCGUCUCUCCUGUGCCUUUCCACCUCUCUGCAGACAGCGCACCAGGAGGUGCACGAGACAGAGGAGAAGGAAGCCAGCCCUGCCCACGACGCGCCACACCCAGCCCCCACCGACCCCUCCUCCUCCACGUCGCCCCCGUCCUCGCCCGACGCACCGGCGGCUGCUCCAUCUGAGACCAGCGCCACCACCGGCCCAGAGCCCGCCUCUCCCAUCACAGCCGCCCCCUCUCACUCCCACGUUGACGCCGACCGGCCCACCAGCAGCACCCACAGCGAUGAACCCAUCGACCUGGUGCGGUCGGUGCAGCUGGUCAAGUGCUUUUCUGGAGAGGAGGGUGGCAGGGGGGAGUGUGAGGUCUGGGAGGGCCGUCUGCCCAACGCUGAGGCCGUGGUUCGAAAGAGCCUGGCUCGGUCGUUGGGCAACGACGACGGCACCUCUCAAGGGCUCACAUUGCUGACCAGGAGACAGGCUGAGCGGCUGGCCGAGAGCCUGCAGCUGGAGGGCGAGACGAUGCGGGAGAUGCAGGAGUGGGCGGAGGAGAGGAGAAGGAUGGUAGGAUAUUACACACACAGUAAACUGUCACCUGUACACAUGCGGUCGUCUCUCCGCAGACAGCGCACCAGGAGGUGAACGAGACGGAGGAGAAGGAGGAGGCAGCGUCCAUCAAUGUUUGUGUCAACAUCGACAUUUGCUCAGAAAUUACUGCCUACAUUUUAUAUUUGAGGACAAUCCUUCUAACCACUUCGGAGGAGAGGGCAGCGAUGGAGGACCGCCAGCAUCAACUCACUCGGCUGCCCCACCGCCACACCGGCAGCCCGCAGAUCGCCCCCAGCCUGCUAGCUAGCCUGGCGGACGUGCCAGAGCUGCGCCCGAUGGUCGUCAAGGAGGGCAGCAAGGAGGGCGAGGAGUUUGAGAAAGGCCCGUGCCUUCUUAUGGCUAGAGUUGGCGCAGGUGAGUGGAAAAGAGAAGGGUAUGAACCAUACGAGACCUUCUUGCACUAAUGUGGUGCGUUUGCUCUUUGUGUGGGUGCAGAAGGAGUCGGCGGCGAGAAGCUGAAGUCGGUGUGCACGUCUUCCAGUGGGGUCGGGGCUGAUGUCAAGGCACUGAUGGAUGUCAACAUGCUCACCCGGGUCACGGCCAUCCACCGCCUUGGCAUCGCCCACAACGACUGCCACUGGGAGAACGUGCUGGUGGCCAAUCGGCUGACGGGGGAGGUCAGCCUCAUUGACACCGAGAUGACGCGCCGCGUCAGGACAACCACUGGCCUCCCCCUGCCACCCCAGCCGCCACUCAACAGCCGACCCAGCGAGCCCUUCAUCACGCUGGGCAACCUCAUGGCCAUCAUCGAGGACAGGGAGGGGCAGCAGGACAUCUCGUUCGUCAGCGACAUCGUCUGCGCUGCAUUGACCGUCCUGCUGCUCGCUCUCCCCACCAAUGAGGCCGCCGACAGCAUCUUUCGGCUGGCGAAGGGCCAGAUGAGCCUGCUGGCCCUCUACUGCAUCCCCACGCGGCCCAACUGCAUCACGACCCGGGCCGCAGCAAUGGAGGCAUACGACACGGCCAUCAAGAAGGUGUGCGUGAAGGCCGCCACGCUCGUCCGCGGCUCGGCCGAUAAAGGCGCUAGAGGCACGCCGCUCGCCGAGGCAGCUCUCUGGCUGUUUCUCAACGUCGCCAUCAACCACUCCAAGAAACCGACGGGUCCCCUGAUCGCGCUCUUGGAGAAAUACAUCGACAGAGUCAUGGAACGUACGGACACACGAAUGGAUGCACGUGUGUGGUGGAUGGGGUUCAUCUCUUGAAAGCUUCUUCCUUCCUCUUUUUGUGUCCGUGCAGAGCUCGCCCCCCAGUGACCUCGCCUGCCGUCCUUCUGACCGUUCGUCUGCCAAUCCCUCUCGUUCGUCCACCCCGUACAAGUGACGAGGAGGGCAAGACGGCUGCUGAGCGCAUCCAUGCCCUGGCCGAGCAUGAGAUGGACCAGGUCGCCUGCCGCUGCAAGCCGACACGGCAUUACGAGCGCAUCAUCACCCGGGCUGCAGCAGAGGAGGCACGCGAUAUCGUCAGUAGAGAACACACAUCGUGAUACACACAUUGUCAGUAGAGAAGAGAAAGAGACGGAACCGAAGGGUAGACAUGUGGUCUGUUUCCGCGUUGUGUGCGUACAGGUGGUGCGGGAGACAGCGAGUACAUCGCUACCUACAUUUUAUAUUCGCCAUCUUAUUCUCCAUCCUCGCACGUCUAGUGAAGUGCCCGAGCUCUU